AUGUCACAUGAAUUCAAAGAAGAAAGAUUUGAUGAUAUUGAUAUUGAAACUUUUCUUAAUAAUUCUGAUGAAGAGGGAUAUCGUACAACUCCUAAAAAAAUUAUGUUUAAUACAUUUAUAACUUCAAUUAAAGAUACGAUUGAUGAAAAAAAUUAUAAGUAA